AUGGCCGCUCCUGCGGGCACCUUUCUGCCCGGUACCAAAGUCCAGGUGGGUAACCACCGCGUGGUGGUCGAGAAAUACCUCUCCGAGGGUGGAUUUGCCCACGUCUACGUCGUUCGUCUGCCGCAACCCAUCGAUGGGGUCGAUCGGGCAGUCUUAAAGCGGGUGGCCGUCCCGGAUAAGGGAGCCCUCGCUAAUAUGCGCACGGAAGUCGAAACCAUGAAGAAGCUCAAGGGUCACCGGCAUAUUGUCAAGUACAUCGACUCCCAUGCAUCUCAGCUACGAGGGGGCGGGUUUGAGGUCUUCCUGCUCAUGGAGUUCUGUUCCGGUGGGGGCCUGAUCGACUUCAUGAAUACCCGGUUGCAGAAUCGUCUGACGGAGCCGGAGAUCAUCCAGAUCUUCUGCGACGUGGCCGAGGGGGUCGCCUGCAUGCACUACCUCAAACCGCCUCUGCUGCAUCGGGAUCUCAAGGUCGAGAAUGUGCUCAUCUCCCGCCAGAGGAGCUCCUCCUGCUACAAGCUGUGUGACUUUGGCUCCACAGCUCCUCCUCGCCCCGCGGCGACGUCGGCCGCAGAGGGUCGUCUGAUCGAGGACGACGUUCAAAGGCACACGACCCUGCAGUACCGCAGUCCGGAAAUGAUCGAUGUCUAUCGGAAGCAGCCAAUUGACGAGAAGAGUGAUAUCUGGGCCCUGGGGGUCCUCUUGUACAAGCUGUGCUACUACACCACGCCGUUUGAAGAGGUCGGGCAAAUGGCAAUCCUGAAUGCCAGCUUUAAGUUUCCCUCCUAUCCGGUUUUCUCAGACCGUCUCAGAAUGCUCAUCUCCUGGAUGUUGAAAGAAAACCCACAGAAACGCCCGAACAUCUACGAGGUCCUACGCGAAGCUUGCAACAUGCAAGGAAAGGAAGCCCCUAUCCGAGAUAUCUAUGCCAAUCGUUCCAAAUCGGAAGCUCGCCGGUACCAGGAACUUCCGCCUUCGCCCACCGACGCGCCGCAAGUGGGUGCGGUGUUCUCCCCGCCAGUACAGGAAACCCAAAUCAUUCCGGAGAUUGCUCCCAUGCGGCGGGGGCGUCCAACUCGACCGACACACUCGCAGCACAGCUCUGCCAAGCCGAGUCCGUCGCCAUUCCGUGGUUCUUCGGAUCCCUUUGCGAUCCUGGAUGGUAGCAGUGGGUACAAGCCGCAGGGUUCCACCGACGAUUUUUCGAAUCGAUUCCCGUCUCUGGAUCAUUUUAAUAUCCUGCACGAGAAAGGGGGCAAGUUCGAUUUCGAGCCGACCAUUGCUGAAACGAAGCAGGAGGACGAGGAUCUGGCCCGGAGACUUACCAAUGCGCUGGCGGACGAGGCCUUUGUCAAACGCCCUUCGCCGGAAAAUGGGCAGACCCCUGAGCCGUCGGCCGCGAGGCGCUCUCAGCCAACUCCCUUGAACACACGGCCCUUCGAGCCACCGCGAGAGGAGUCGGCUCACCCGCAGGUGCCGCUCUACCAGCCCGUCCCUCAGAAGCCCACCAUGGUGUCUACGGGGACCAUGACCUCGCCGCCUUCAACCCCUGGCCCGCUGGAGUCGAAAUCGUCGAGCCGUCCCAUUCACAAGUUCCCUCCUGUUGACCAUCAACGCCGUUCUUCCAGCCAGCCUUGGAUCGGCAAUACGGACAAGCGCUCCUUCAAACCGACCAAGCCUCCUUCACCUACGGAGUCGUCGUCCAAGCUCGCGCCUAACCCACGGGUCUCUGCCGACAGGAUCUCAGAUCUCUCGAGCUCCUCACCCCGACCAUCCUUGGAGGGCACUCGACCGUCGAAUUUGGAAAUUGGCAACCCCGUGGGUCGGUCCAAGUCGGCCAACAGCAAAACCCGCCCCGUGUCGGUUCAUGCGGGAACUCUGUUUGAAUCGGGUCGCGGCACAGAGAGUGCGCGUUCGUCGCUCGACCUGCCGAGGACCUCGUAUGACAUCGGGACACCAUUACAGCAUGCACGCACUGAGGCAGACCUGACUUUCGACCGGAGCAAUAUCUCGUCGGACAUCGAUUACCUCCGGGCGCGAGAAGAGGAGAGCAAUCGGAAGCGGGAGAAGCGCUACAGUGGCACCGCGAAGCAUACGAAGCGGUCGAGUCUGUCGACGCUGUCACUGUCAGGGACCAAGACGCUCUUUGCUGGUCGAUUCGGGGAGGCGUUCCGACGGUUCGAGCACACCAACUCGGACAGCAAAGCCCAGUCCCCGGCCGUGGAGGAGGAGACUCCCAAGAAGAUACUGUCAGUGACUGCCUCCGAAGUGGAGGAGCCUCCCGCCGAGUACAGUGACGACGAGAACAAGGACAUCUCGCCCGAGAUGCGCCGGGAACUCGAGCGGCGCCGUCUCUCGCAGGAGGAGAAACGGGUUGCCAAUGCGGCCGCCGAGUACCGCCGUCAGGUGGCGGAGAAAGGCGAAAGGGGCUGGCGAGGCGCCGGUGACACAUCCCGGUCGCAAGCGAUCCAAAACCGUGUGCAGUCUCUGCUGGCCGAAGGGAACAAGUCCGCGCCUCCUCCGAAGACCGCGACGGGCUACGGACGGUUUACCGACGAGCCGACCCCCGCUUUGCAGGCGAAGCAGGCGGAGGCAAGUCCCGAACCUCGAGGAAAUCUGAGGAGUGCGGCGCCGUUUUAUGGGUCGCCGCAGAGCCAACCCACUCCCGGGGCGGAUCGAUGGGAAACUCCGCCGGGUUUGCCCAGGCAAGAGACGGCGCGAACUGGGUCGUCGCGACCCGCUGCUCCCCCGAAACCAAAGAACCUGCGGGUUGGGGGACUGGGGGCGGUGGGCGGCGAUGACCGGGGUGUCGCCGUGCAGGAGACGCCGGCGAGUCCUAGCGAGGAUUGGGAGGCUAAUUUCAGUCGACGAUUCCCCAGUCUCUCAAGAUUAGAGAUGGUGGAGACGGAGAUUGAGGUGUGCAAGAUUCCCAACCUGCGGACGAAGGAAGUGUAA